GUGUUACGUAUAUCCGGCGAGUAGCUGGCGGCCCCUGGUGCUGCUGGGUUGUGUGCUCCGAAGGAGGGUCCAAGCUGCCCGCCGCCAAGGAGGAGCCCCCCGGGCCGUAGUAAGCAUUAAUAAUGUCUUUCAUCUUUGAGUGGAUCUACAAUGGCUUCAGCAGUGUCCUCCAGUUUCUAGGACUCUACAAGAAAUCUGGAAAACUUGUGUUUUUGGGUUUGGACAAUGCAGGCAAAACCACUCUUCUUCAUAUGCUCAAAGAUGACAGAUUGGGCCAACAUGUUCCAACAUUACAUCCGACAUCAGAAGAGCUGACAAUUGCUGGAAUGACUUUUACAACUUUUGAUCUUGGUGGUCAUGAGCAAGCUCGUCGGGUUUGGAAAAAUUAUCUCCCAGCAAUUAAUGGAAUUGUCUUUCUGGUGGACUGUGCAGAUCAUCCUCGCCUCAUGGAAUCCAAAGUUGAGCUCAAUGCUUUAAUGACUGAUGAAACAAUAUCCAAUGUGCCAAUCCUUAUUUUGGGUAAUAAAAUUGAUAGAACAGAUGCAAUCAGUGAAGAAAAACUCCGUGAGAUAUUUGGACUUUAUGGACAGACAACAGGAAAGGGAAAUGUGACCCUGAAGGAGUUGAACGCCCGUCCUAUGGAAGUGUUCAUGUGCAGUGUGCUCAAGAGGCAAGGCUACGGCGAGGGCUUCCGCUGGCUCUCCCAGUAUAUUGACUGAUGUGUGGACCAUGAAAUAAAAGAGUUUUACUUCUCUGGACUGAUCCUAUUCACAGCUUCCUCAUGAACUUUUCUAAUAGAGCAAGGAAAGCUCUCCAACCAUGUCUGGCGUUGAGAAGCCAAGAGUCUCAGCUCUCUCAUCGCCCAGUGGUGAUAUGUGCUCUUCUCCACACUGUUGGGAGGUAACGCUGCCCCACGUACUGGUGCAGGUCAGCAUCCCAGGACUUGGAAGCUGGCAGGAUUUGCUGGGUAAAGCUGUGUGCCACCGUGGGGCACCUGGAAAGAAAAACACGUCUCACCACUGUGGUUGAUUUCAAAAGAAAGUGAUUCUAUUUUUUAAAGAAAGUGUUGUUAAUGUAA